AUGGUGGCUACAACGGACAAGAAGGCGGCUCCGGCCGAGAAGAAAGUCGUUAAGGGCAAGGAAGAUAGUAAGAAGUUGCCCGCAGUUCCCGAGUCGGUGUUAAAACAUCGCAAACGUAGGGAGGCGCUUAGAACACGCCGCAUUCAGGUCACUAUCAAAAGGCGCACGGCUGCUUACAAGAAGAGGAAAGAAAUCUUCAAGAGGGCCGAGCAGUAUGUUAAGGAAUACCGUAUCAAGGAGCGUGAUGAAAUCAGGCUGGCCAGACAGGCUCGUAACCGUGGUAACUACUAUGUUCCCGGUGAAGCCAAGCUUGCUUUCGUCAUUCGUAUUCGUGGUAUCAACCAGGUGUCACCUAAGGUACGCAAAGUCCUAAAGCUGUUCAGACUGCGUCAGAUCAACAACGGUGUGUUCAUCAAACUGAACAAAGCUACCGUCAACAUGCUGAGAAUCGCUGAGCCUUACAUCACUUGGGGCUACCCCAACCUCAAGAGUGUGCGAGAGUUGAUCUACAAGCGUGGUUUCGCCAAGGUGAAGGGACAACGUGUAGCGAUAACAUCCAACAAGAUUAUUGAGGAGAAACUCAGCAAGAGCAACAUCAUCUGUGUUGAAGACCUCAUACACGAAAUAUUCACAGUCGGUGAUAAGUUCAAGUAUGCCAGUAAUUUCCUGUGGCCCUUCAAACUGAACAACCCGACCGGUGGCUGGCGCAAGAAGACCAUUCACUACGUAGACGGAGGUGACUUCGGUAACCGUGAGGACAAAAUUAACGAACUCCUCAGAAGAAUGGUUUAA